AUGUCCAUGCACACCUCUCUCCGCCGCGCCGCGGCCACAUUACCAAACUCGACAACCACGAUCCUCCCCACCGGCCGGGUGUCAGCCUCUCAAACUAAUGCUACAACAUUUGUCUGCUCGCAAUGCCGCCAUGCCACUCUUCUUCGCCGCCCUAAGCGCCCCUAUACCUUCACCCAGCUCAUCACCCUCUCCGACGGCAGCGCCUUCCUCCACCGUACCACCUCUCCUGCCCCGAUCUACCGCUCCACGCGUGACACGCGCAACUCUCUGCUCUGGAACCCCUCCAGCAGCAAGCUGAUGAACGUCGAGGAUGACGAGGCUGGUCGAUUGGCUGCUUUCCGUGCACGAUUCGGCCGCAGCUUCGAUGCGAAUACCCCUGUUGCGGAUACCAGCUCGAGCUCUAAGGACCCCGCGGCCAAAAAGGCCGAGGAGGAGGCUGCUAAGGCCCAGGCUCAGGCGGAGCAGGAGGAAGAGGACAACCUUUUGGAUUUGAUUAGCGCCUUUGGACAGGAAGAGCCCCAGCCGACUGGCAAGAUUUUCGAUAAGAAGAAGAAAUAA